AUAAAUUACAUCCCGGAAACAGUACUGUACAGAGCGAACGAGUCCUUGUAAGCAAAGAAAGACAUUACAGGACGUCAUCACAGCUUGCUGUCUAUUAUUUAUAUUUUUAAUCUCAAUUAAAAUCAGUGAAAUCUCCGGUACUUGAAGCUUUUAAGUGCAAACUUACCCCGGGGAGGAGGUGACUUCAUUUGUGAAUAUCUAAGGGAUAGGAAGUGACUAUAAUUGCAAGUUACUGAUGAGCUGCUAAGAUGAAGCGUUCCAUUGAAGAUUCACCUGAGUCUGAGCCCCCGAGGCAACGUCCAACACUUCAGCAUCCCAGUUCUGCAUCCCUUGAAGCACGAAUGGGUGGAGAUAGUGGGGGAGAAACUUCUCACAAUUCUUGCCCUGUCAGCACAGCAGCUACUACUUGCAGUUCUUCAUUAUGGGCUACUCAUUGUACUUCGCCUCAAACAACCACAGCAAAAACUGCCUCCUCAUCUUUAGCUGUUGUAACUACUAGUUUUAUUACUACCUCUGCCUCUUCAAGUUCAACUGUAUUUCCAGUUGCAUCUGGUGGAGCACAUGAAGCUGAGACAGGAAACGGUGUGACAUCCAUAGCAGCUUCAGUUUCCCAACCUGGUCAGUUAGAAAAAACAGAUUCAUCCUCUGCAGCUACAGUAAGUGAUACAAGUUUGCCCAUAGUACCUGUUUCACAGGGACAAGAAAUAACAGGUGAAUUAGGAGCAGCUACAUCACCUAUAACUUCUACGCCUGUUUUGCCCUCGUGCUCCGCCUUAACAACUUGUGCAGCUACAGCCUUUCAGACAUUGUCUUUUUCCAAUGAUGUGACUGUCACUUCAGUUCCAACGGCAUCAUCAAGGGAACCGGAUGUUUGUGAGUCUAAUACAACCAGUGUUUUAGUUACCAUGCCUGUUGUAUCAUCAUUUUCAUCCUCAUCUUCACCCUCAUUUCUAACUAUAUCUUCGUCUGAUGUCAGCUUAGCAUCUUCAUCUAAUCAGAAUUUGACACAAUCAGCAGACUCUCUACCUUUAUUAAUAGUUUCAUCUGACUCAUCACCAGAGUCCUCUAAUGAUUCUGUAGGCGUGGUACCUGUCACGUUUAGCAGUGUUGGGGAUGUUCCACAUUAUGACUUAGUCUCAAGUACAAGUGUUAUCCGGCCAUUGAAUGAUAGCAGACCAGAGCAAAUUCCAGCAGAUGUAGUUGUUGAUAUUUCUGCCUCUGGACAGUCAUCAGAUUUAUUAACACUUACUUCAUCUUCAUUACUUGAUGCAGAUAAUGCAAACCUACAUGGUCUUUUUGGGAGUCCCAGUUAUGGUGAUGACCAACCAGAAGUUCCUCAAGUAGAAGAAGAGGAAGAUGAAUAUGAGUCUGCUGAAAGAGACCCUACCCAUUCAGAAGAAAUUGCACCAGAUAAUUUAAUGUUAGAGGACCCCAGUACAACUUUAUUAACUUCAGGACCUCUGUGCAUUUCACAGACUGGAGAACCUUUGGCUGAAUGUGGUGAAUUGAGUAGAGAAGAGGAAAGAAAGCUUAAAGAGGAGUUGAUCUUACAGUCCGGAAAAGUUCCAUCUGCUGGUGAAACUAUUCCCAAAGGACAACUUCGUCGGGCUGGGCCUUAUUUAUUAGGCCCACGUUUAGGGUCUUCCCCUGUUAGGUCUAUUGUCCAGUGUUUAGCUCGACGAGAAAAUACAGAUGAAUUCUACACUCUCAAGAUUUUAACUGUUAGAGAUACCAGUGAGGAGAAUCAAGAUGAUCGACAAGGGAAGAUGCUGCUUCACACCGAACACUCUUUACUGUCAUUAUUAUCUGGACAGCAAGGUGUCAUUCAGCAUCAUGGUCUCUUCCAAGACUAUGCUGUUGGUGUACACGAACCAAGUGAGGGACGGACGGUGGCCACAGGUAGACUUGUACGUCGUGUUUGUCUAGUACUCGACUGUGUAACCCCUCAGGAUUACUGUCCACAUACUGCAGACCUAAUUAAUCUUCAACAUUAUGUUAUUACUAAGGAAAAACUUAGUGAGCGUGAUGCCUUAACUAUAUUUUACAAUAUCGUGUCAGUUGUCCAUAGUUUGCAUGAGCAAAAUAUUGUACAUCGAGAUUUAAAGCUUGGUAAUCUUGUCUUACACAGAGCAACACGAGAAGUUACUAUAACUAACUUUUGCCUUGGUCAGCACCUUCCUUCAGAACAAGACCGUUUAAGAGACCAGAGGGGAUCCCCCGCUUAUAUAUCUCCAGAUGUCUUAAGUGGUAAACCUUAUUUAGGUAAACCUUCUGAUAUGUGGGCCUUGGGUGUUGUUCUUUUCACUAUGCUCUAUGGUCACUUUCCCUUUUAUGAUGCUUUGCCUCAAGAAUUAUUCAGGAAAAUUAAAGCUGCUCAGUAUGUCCUCCCUAAAGGAGAUAAACGUGUCACUGAAGGCACAAAAGACCUAAUUCGUGGUUUGUUGGUUUUAGAUCCGCUAGAGCGGCUUAAUUGUUCUCAGGUUUUGGCAAAGUUAACAGCUAUGAUUACUCCAAUGUGUAGUGAUAUGCCUUGUGAUGAUCAGGUUGUACCAGAAUUGGAGGAAAAAAAUAAUACAAAAGCUGAUAAAGGUCACCAUUCAAAUCUGCAGUCUUCCAGUAGUGGGGGCAGCAAUAUCAUUGAUCAUGGUUUUGGAAAUUCCAUUGCAAGGACACGGAGACUAGCUGGAAGAGAUGGAGACAGUCAGAGUUCAAAUAUAGAUGUAAUAUUGCAGCAACUGGAAGAUAGCCAUAACAACAACCCAAAAUCAUCUACUAGCAAGGGUAUUAGUACGAGUAUUUGCAAUUCCAGUAGCAGUGGUAAUAAAAGCAAUGGUGUGAUUUCAUGUAUUGUAGGCGAUGCACGGCCUUUAACCCAAGCAGAACUAUCAGAACAUCGUCAUCUGUUACCUCAUACUUCGCGAAUAGCUGAAUCUGUUAGCAGAAGUUCAGGACCACCACCAAGUGUAACAGUUGUUGUCAGCAGAAAUAGCAAUGAUAGGUUUAGCUCUAUUCUGUCUCUCAGAUCAUCUGGUAUGAGAAAUUUUCCACUGAAUCCACUGGGACCCCCUCCCAGCACCAGUCACUCGCAACCUUCACCAAACUUGACUAUUCCCCCAGGACCAUUACCUCCUCAUGUGCUAUCCUCUCGCCUGUCGGUGCCUAUUUCUGCAAUGUCUGGAUCUUCACCGCGACUUCCUCCAUCACCAUCUCUGCCAUUACCAUCGCCUCUUUUGCCCUCAAGCAGCUCUAGUUUACCUUCAACCUUAAGUCGAUCUCAUACAGGCCUUCCAACAUUUGGAGUUUUUUCCGGUAUGAAUCAAUCCCAGUCACAGUCUCCGACAUCAGUGGUAUCACAUAAUCCAAUUCCUCCCACUGGUUCACGGAGUCGUUGGGCACCUGGUGUCCAUCGUAUAGUUCAUAACAUUUCAAGUUUGCAACUUUCAGCUUCAAACAAUAAUGCUGAAGUUAAUGAUCAGAACUUGAUAAGUCAGAGACCUCCUGAAAAUGGACGUGCGGAAAAUGAUAAUGAGUCUGCUUCAAGUUCUUCCUCAUCACUUCCAAGGAGACCUUUCCACUUGGCUCUUAGGCCAGGGAGAGGUCGAGCUCAGACUGCAAAAAAUAUCAGGCCCUAUCGCCAUGUUAGACGGUAAUACAAAUAGUUUUGUAUUUCAUUAUUGAAUUUUGUUAUAUUGUAUAAUUAAUUAUUUUUUUGCAAUUAAGCUUUUAGUUUUAAAUAUCUUUUACAUACUUUUACAGUAUUUAAAAUUUGAUUUCAUCAUUGUUAGUACAAGCUGUGUAUCUGCUUUCUGUAUUUUCUUACAUAUUUUAGUCUGUAUUUAAAAAACCCAUUAUUUUUGUUGGUGGAAUUGCGUAGUAGACUCUUUGACAUGGCUUAGGUCUUGGAACUGGUGACUAUUAUUCUUGGUCCCUCUUGUACAGGAAAGUUACCCAUAUAACUUUUGAAUAGCGGAGUCAAAAUGGCUCAGUGUAAAUACUAUUUUAGAAAAAUAACUUUGCUUGUAACUGCUACUUUGUAAGUGUUGUAGAUACCUUUAUACUAUAUUGUCAAGACACAAUGUAUCUAAUACAGUUUGUGAAGUUUUGUAAUACCCAGUUAGCCUACAUAGCCCUUAUUUUUAAGUAGUACUUAAAAUUUAGCUUAGGAAGAUGCAUGAUCUCAUGCAGGUUUAUGCUUCCUGAACAUUGUUGAUAUAUGUAUACUGCUUGUUUAACUUUAUUCUUGAAAGCAUCCUAUUUCAUCAUGCUAUAAAAUAGCAUUGCAAAAUGGACGUUUAUGCUUGACUAGUCCUGUGGGGUAUAAAAAUGAUAAAAAAAUAAAGAUGAAAAUGCCUACCCACAUUGGAACAGUUUUUAGUAUGCAUCAGAAUGGUUAUCUUGGCUUUCAAGUAAUGGCUAAGUAAAAGCUUGUAAUGAGAACUUGCAUCAAAUUUAGAUCAUGGUCAUAGGGUAUGGAAGUCUUGGGGAAGUUUCAUAUCAAGAGAGACAAAGAUUGUUUAUUUCAGUACUACUGUAGGCUAAAAUUGUUAUUCUUUUCAUUAGAUUAUGUGUAAUGACAACCAAAUCUAUAGGUAUUAUUUAUUUGCUGUGAAAAUGUGAUUACACAAAAAUUUGUAUUGUAGAUUUAUUUUAAGUUUAAUUUAUUUACAUUGUAGGUACUCUUGCAUAACAAUUUCUUUGAUUUUCAAAGUAUAUCCUACUUUACUCAAACAUGUACAUAUUUAUAAAAACUGUUAGAGCCUGGAAUAACUGUCUUGAAAGAUAAGAGCAUAGGUGCAUUUUUCAUGCCAGUUCUUUCCCAGGUGUCUGCUGAUUGUUUUGCAGUAGUCUGAAAGUUUGUGUGUAUAUUUUAUAUAGAACUGGUGUUUGCUUGGAUUGUUGGAAUGCUGUUAUGUUAUUCAGUUUUUAUGUCUCUGUUAAUAUUCUUAAGCUAUUUAAAUUAUUUGUCAGUUUUUCUUCUUUGCCAGUCUGAAGUUAGGGAAAAUACAGAAUAGGCAAUUCUAUGGAUACAGAAUAGGGGAUUCCACAAUAACAGUAAAGUAUAGUACAGCACCAAUGAAACCAGCUGAAACUCUUAUUGAAGAGUGGGAGCAAUCAGGAACAUACUGUAGGGGGGAAAAGCCAGGAAGACUUAAACCCAACAGGAGCUCAGAGGAGCAGCCAUUUGAGGCUGUGAGAACCACUCAAGUUACAUGGUAGACUGUGGAACUGCAGGACUAAGUGUUGAAAAAGCACAGUACGUGUAGCCUUAAUUGAAGGUCAGGCAAGGCCACCUCCAUUCAUUUUAAUUUUUAAUCCGUUGUGCCAAACUUUGUUGAAGGCCUUUGCUGUCUCUUAAGACUACAUUACAUAGCUGUGAAAUCAUUGAUUUCAUAGAAACUAUUGACCAGCUCAUUUUCUUGGAGGACCUUUCACCAAUUUCCACAAAUUUUCUGGGGAGUUCUAGGAGUCUUAUUUAUUUAUGGGUUAUUACUUGCUCAGAAUCCCCUCCUAAAUUUUUUAGAAACUUUUUUUCUCCUGAUUUUUAAAUGUCCAGGAAGUAGCCCAUACUUAUUGGAAAAAACCUUAACGAGCAUUACUUAGCACCAAGGGAUAUUGAAGUUUUGUAAACGUGGGGAUAAUUAAUGUGGUUCAUAAGAUUUCCUUUCAUCCAAAAGUGUCACCUACUAUUGUUAAUAUAAUGAUUCAGUAUCAUUUAAGUUGGCUGUAGAACAUUUAGUUUGCAUUGCUGGUUUUAGCUUUUUGUAGCCAAGAAAAGGGUGAAAGGUACUACAUAGUCUUCCCCAGAAUUUUGUGCUGCUAAAGGUGCAGCUGUUCCAACCUUGUUUGUUGGGGGCUUUUUGUAUUUGUUAUGAGUGAAAUGUGUUUAUUUAGAUUAGUUCACAGCUUUAUGGAAAGUAGACAUUUUUACACUAAUGAUGGUGGGAAAAUGGUAGAAAAAGCUGGUUACAAAUUAAAAUUUUUAUGUUGAGCUAUCUGUUAUGAAAUACAAAUUUUUAUCAGGUAGAGCUAUUUUGCAACAUUAAUCUGUGAUAUUUUGCAGCUUUUAGAAUGACUUCCAUGUGCUUUGUGUUUCAGUAAUCUAAGUUUUGGUUAGUGUAUAGAUAGUGCUGCCCUUUUUUCUUAACCAUUAAUGUUCCCAUAUAUGUAUAAGAUUACUGACAUUAUCAUUACCGGUACCCUAUUCAAUAGUGAUGGCACUGAGAAUAAGAUCCAAUAGACAAAACUUGUAUGGUAAUUAAUGACUAAUGCUUCAGGUCUUUUGUUCAUGUCUUGAUGAAAGGACCCUUCAGAUAUCUUUAUUUUUUUGUUAUUCCCAGAAAGUAUCAUAUUUGGCCAUCUUCCCAAGCCUUUUUACUUUUCAACAGGGAAUUUUUUUUUUUUUUCCUAUUUCAUGUACAGCUCAUUCUUAGGUUACAGCACUCAGGUCAGUUGAGAAUCACCAGAUUUACCAUGAACACAACUUUUGAUGUUGAGUAACCCUAUACUAUUUCCAAGUUUAAGUAUAUUUUGCCCUCAAAUAGAAAAGCAAGUAAUAUUGGAUGUAAAUGGCCAGUUGACAAUUAGUAAACAAUUACCUGCUGACAACAUCUGACUACUUUGGUGGUCAGUUGUAUAUCAGUAUAUUUGAGACUUCAUGUUGUUUCUUAGGAUUUAUCAUCUUCCAUUUUCAGUUUAUCCAGUUAUUACAUUUUUAAGGAAUUGUAAUGAAUGAAUUAGAUCUAAAAUAAUUCACUCAGUGGUCUAGUUAAAGUGUACAUUAAUGCUGUAAUCUUAACUUGAAGCAGUUAGAAUCUGUAGACAGUUUGUGGCAUUGCCUGGUUGCCUCAUCAUCUCAUUUUCAAAAUUCUCUCCUCAUAGAAAGGAUAUUCCUUAUAGAAUAAAGAUUACAAAUGUCAGGGUUCAUGAAGUCUAAGAUUUGUUUUCCCCUUUGCGUAUGAUCAAAAUAAUUCUUACAUUGAUGUUGAUACAGUGAUUAAUACAUUUUGUUUAGAUAUCAGUUCACCAUAUUGAGUUUACCUUCAGAUGUCAAAUUUCCCAAUCUUAUUGAGUUCACUACAAAUGUCAGAUUUAUUUUUGAGAGAGCUGUGUAACAGAAGUGUCAGAUACGACUUCCCUGUCCCAGUUUGCAUACAGUAUACUUCUAUUACUUUUUCCUUGGGGGUCCAGUAAUACUAAUCAUUUUUGGCAAUGUAAGCAAUUCAUAGUCAAGUUCUGGUGAGUUUGCUGACCUGUUCCUUGUAUUUUGCUAAAAAUGAGUCAGUUGUAAAAAUGAGUGAAUUGUACAGGUAUUUUGAAAGUUUCAAGUAUACUGAUUUCUAAGCAAGGAUAGAUCAAUAAUCAUUCAAUGAGAUGUGAAACAUUGUCUGGGAACCUCAGGCUUAACUCAAGACUGUAUGACACCAAAACAUCUCCAUUAAGGUAUCAGCCAGUCAGUCCAAUCUAUCUAUAUGUUGAUUCAAUCUUAAUUAGCUAUCUGGUUUCUGAAAACUAUUCCUUGUGAUAUCAGUAUUAAUAAGUUUUCAACUUCACCUUUCUUUUUGGUUGUAACUGAAGUAAGGAGCAUAAACAACUGAAAGAGGGAGAAUCUCUUAAAGGGGUCUGCCAUACUUGCUUAAGUAAUAUUGCUAAUAAAUGAUUGUACAUCAGGAAUAUUGGUCUUGCUCCUGUGAACCUGUGACCAUACCUUAAGUAAGCAUUAGCUGUCAAAGGAAUUGGUACAUAAAUUAAAAGGGUUUUGUUUGUCAUUGCAGUUGAAUUGACAUAAAAGUUAUGGCAAUUACAUGUUGCAAUAAGCCAUUCUUUUCUUCAGGGACAUCGGUGGUCUUAGUGUCAUAGUAGUGUGGUACUAGAUAUUUAAGAAGUUUAUCUCUACUACUAGUUUUAGUUUUUUUUUAAAUAGUGCAUGUUCUUCCUACUCUUACAAACUAAUUUGAUUUUUAAAAUAACAAUAUUAGCUGCUUUUUGAAGCCUUUGAUGUGCUGAAUACAGGUAUUUCAUUUUCUUUAGUGUAUCUUUUAGUAUGUUCCUUUAGGUUUUGCAUUUAAGUGAGGAAAGGCUUCUGGUAAUUAAGAGGUAUAGCUAAACAGUGUUUCUAGAUCCAAUUAUUAAAAUUUUGAGGAAGUAGUAGCUCUCCGAGAUAACAGAUAAAAGCGUCCAAGCUCACACUGAUAUAAAAGAAACUGAUAUAACAUCAUUCCAAACAAAAAUACACCCCAAACCAUCAUCCCAAGACAGCUAAAGUCAUUGUACAUUAGCCUCUUACAACCCCCAAAAUGCUUAUGACAUUGAUUUUAGAAUAUUUAUAUUAAUGUAAACACAGCAAAAUAUCCAUACAGCUUUGUGAUCUCUUAUCUGUAAUUCUAAAAACUGAAAAGCUCUAAAUCUGAAAUAUUUUCUGGAGAAAAUUACUCACUUGCAAAGGUAAAGGCAACUAUGUUUAUAGUAAUGAUGAUUUAAAUAUCAUAUUGUUACUGUAUUACAGAAUAUAAAUAUUCCCAUCAUAUGCCAAUUGCAUUUGAUAUUGUUUACGUUCUCAAAAUCUUGGCUGAUUGAAAACUACCAAGACAAUAGUUGGUCUUGGUACUACCAACAGCUUCAUUGCCACAAGUUGCUAGAAGAAAUAUAAUUCGAAGAUACUUUUUCUUGUAAAUCAACAAAUUUGGGUUUAAAAAGAUACAUUUUCUUGUAAAUUAAGAAAGUUGGGUGUAAAAUGUGCACAUUACUUUAUUGUAAAAGCAAUAAAUGUGAUUUUUCCAGUUCCAGACAUCACUUGUCUACGUAUAACAAAACCUUUUACAACCUGCCCUUUAUUUGUUUUAGUCAGCCUCAGUUAUAACCUGCAGCUUUAAUUUAUGAAGGAUUAAUAAAAAUGUAUAUCAUAUUUACUUAUGGAAACCACUAUUGAGAAUCGGCAGGUUUGAACAACUUGUCUAUGUGAUAGUUACAAUAAAUGACAGCACAAUUGGCUGUUUCUUGAUUUGGUUGUUCAUGUCAGUACAGGUUGGCAAUCUUUCAUCCAGAAUUCUAAAAAAGAAUUUUUUUUAGUGGAGGAUGGAGCAUCAUCAUCAUAAGAAUAACAGAGAGAGAGAGAGAACUAUUGCCCAUGUUAGGCGUUACAUCAUAUCGAUUUCCAAGUUGAAUAUUAGUUGUAAUGAGAAUACCAAUGGUAAUUUUAAUAAAACUUGUUUUACUGUAUCUAAUAAUGUUGCGUGCGUUAUUGUCAUAUUAUCGUAUUACAAAAUAUGAACAGAGCCAUCAUGUGCCAUUUGCAUUCUGGUUUUGUUUACAUUCUUAAAAUCAUCUGCUGAUUGUGUUUUACAGACAUCAUCACUGUUUUUAGUUUGCAAAAUGAAACUUAAUUCUGAGGGAUGUUUCUUUUGUAAAUUAUCAAAUCUGGGUUUCAAAAUUGCAACUAGUACUACUUUAAAUUAAAUGAAGUACAUGUGUGAUUUUGUCAGUUUCAGGCUUUGCUUUUGCCUCCAAAUUGUUUUGUUAUCUGCUUAUUAUUCGUUUCUUUAGCCACAGCUAUAACACUACCUGCUGCUUCAAGUAAGUGGCAUACUUUCUUAACACUUUCUGCAUUGCGUGAUGGAUGAAUAAAGAUAUAUUUGAUCUUUAUUUAUAGAAUUACAUUGAAAAUAAGCAGGUUUUUAACGAAACAACUGUAUUGAAACUCUUAGUAACCGUGUUAGUUAUGAUAACCCACAUCUGCAAACAGUACAGUACCCAUAAAGCUGAUAAAAGGGAUUUUGACGUAGGAAAAAUCUAUUUCUGGGCUCGGAAGCCAUACUAUUAAUAUAAACCACUAAAAGCACCCAAUUUGAAAAACAGUUUGACACUCGAUCCAAAAGUGAAAACCAUCAGAUCAAUAUUUCCAUUAUCUCGGUGAGCUACUUUUAUAGUUAAUAUAAUUACAAAAAUAUCAGUAGUAAAUGAGAAAUUAGCAGGUGGUAGGUCUAUGUUAAUUUUUGUUUCAAAAUUUGAGGGAACCCUUAAUGAGAGAUGCCUGGGUUAAUAUUUUAGGAUUCUUAAAUCUUGGUGUCUAAUCAAUUUGCUCUUUGUAACUUGGUUGUGACUCUGGCUAGUUGGUUAAUGCUGGAUUGGAUUUUACUUAUUAAGUAGACCUUCCUAAUAUUAUAAUAGGAAAUAACUUAACCUCAGUAAGUGUAUCAUCAUUGUUAGUGGACACUGGUCAUCACAGUAGUAUUCAUAGAUGUUUUUCUUAUUUAUUUGAAGUCUUUCAGAUUUUUCUUAUGGUUAUUUUUUUCAUGUCAUCACAACAUGGCAGAUAGUAAGUGCAAUAUGGUCCUGUUUUCACUGAAUGUAAUUAUUUUUUUUAGCAGUGACUCAGCCACUCUUGGCUUUCACAUACUUGAUGGGGCAUCUACCUCUACUAAAUGAUAGUUUCUUCUAAGAAUAAAUUAA